AUGACAGAAGGCAUGAGUAACAAGACAAAGACUGUCCCCUCAUCACUGGCAAAAGCUCGCCUGGACGUUGUUGUCGCUUACGCCGAUUCCACUGCGUUUGGGCAAAGGCUCGAAAACAUAUUCAAGAUUGUCAAGCACUUCGACGCCGUUCUUCUCUUGGAUGAAGGCAGAUGCGAUCAUGAAGCAGCGCAAACCUUACUAGGAUACCCCGUAAUCGUCUUGCGGCCGUUUUUCUCCGAAAACUCGAGUAUAAUAUUACCGGGGUAUCCUUUCUUGACAACGAAUCGGAUGAUACGCAGCGUAGAUUUCGACUAG